AUGGCUUACAUCAUCCAGAUUCUUCUGGCAAAUUUCUUAGCGCAAACGGAAGCGUUGAUGAAGGGUAAGACUCGCGAAGAAGCAGAAGCCGAGCUGAAGGCAGCAAAAACCCCAGCUGACAAAAUAGACAAAAUUCUUCCUCACAAGGUAUUCGAAGGAAACCGUCCUACAACGUCAAUAGUACUGCCCGUAGUUUCUCCAUUCACUCUUGGUUUGUUAAUUGCACUGUAUGAACACAAAAUCUUUGUACAAGGAGUGGUUUGGGAUAUCAACAGCUACGAUCAAUGGGGAGUUGAGCUUGGGAAGCAAUUGGCUAAAGUUAUACAACCAGAACUUGCUUCCGCAGGGACAUCAAAAAUGCUAACUAUACUUCCAGAAUGGCAGGAUUAUGCGCUCAAACGAUUGAUGACCGAGUAUAAAGAGGACACAUGCUUUGCUAAUGGUGUAUUCCCUGCGCGGAUCUCGUUUCCACAGGAUUAUCCUCUCAGUCCUCCCAAAAUGAGGUUCACUUGUGAGCUCUUUCAUCCCAAUAUUUAUCAAGACGGCAGAGUGUGUAUUUCAAUUCUGCACGCUCCUGGUGACGAUCCAACUGGGUACGAAAGCUCAUCUGAGAGAUGGAGUCCUGUUCAGUCAAUUGAAAAGAUUCUGCUAAGCGUUGUCAGCAUGCUUGCUGAGCCGAAUGACGAGUCUCCAGCUAACGUCAACGCUGCAAAAAUGUGGCGUGAGGAUCGACAACAAUUCGAGAAAAUUGCCGAUAACCUUGUGCGGAAAACACUUUGUCUGCCACAGUCAGAGUCAUGA